CCGGAGCAGCGGCGCGUGCGAGCGGAGCAGCGGCCGAGCAGCGGGCCGGAGCUCACCGACGAUCGGCUGCGGACACGCAGAUAUAUUUAAUUAAUCUGGAGGAGGACUGCUGCUGAGGCAGCACAGAGGGGUGGAGUCCAGUCCCACAGCCAGUUGCGGCACUUUAAUGCUUCAGUUGGAUGGUUUUCCUACUGGACACGGUGUUAAGGCUGAUCGAUCGGCUGGCAGACUGACUGGAUCCAUGAUGGAAUUACAGACAUUACAGGAGGCUCUGAAGGUGGAGAUCCAGAUCCAUCAGAAACUCGUUGCCCAGAUGAAGCAGGACCCUCAGAACGCUGAUCUGAAGAAGCAGCUGCACGAACUCCAAGCAAAGAUCACAGCCCUGAGUGAGAAGCAGAAAAAGGUGGUGGAGCAGCUGAGGAAGGAGCUGCUGGUGAAACAGGAACCUGAGGCCAAGAUACAGCUGCAGAUCCAAACUCCUCCAGGAGGUGGCGACAUCAAGCCAAUCAACCUGCUGCAGAGCCAGCAGAUACCUGGAGGACUGCAGCAGACGCUGACGGUGACGCCGAUCCUCACCGCGAAGACGCUCCCUCUGGUGCUGAAAGCUGCCACCACGGCCAGCCUGCCCGGCAGCGUCCUCCCACAGCGCCCCCCCACUCUCGCUAUGGUAACCACAGCUAUCUGCAAACCUGACUCGCAGAACAGCCCCAUCAACCUGCAGGUGGCCAGCAAGCUGACCAAUCAGUGCUCAGAGCCUGUGCGACUGGUGUCCAAGAACGCCAUUGUGGUGCAGGCCACCACCACCACCACUGCCCAGCCAAUCAAAGUUCCUCAGUUUGUCCCUCCUCCUAGACUGACGCCUCGACCCACCUUUCAGCCACAGGUCAGGCCCAAACCAGCCACACCCACCAACAUCCCCAUUGCCCCUGCCCCUCCCCCGCCCAUGAUGGCGGCCCCCCAGCUGCUCCAGCGGCCCGUCAUGUUGGCCACCAAGCUGUCCUCGCUGUCCUCGGCGGCUCCCAUCCACCAGGUCCGCAUCGUGAACGGGCAGCCCUGCAGUAAGACCGGCUCCACGCCGCUGACGGGCAUCAUCAUCACCACGCCCGUCUCCGCCACACCCCCCCGCCUCACCAGCCCCGCCCAGACACCCAGCCCUGCCCUGACUCCUGCCAAGCCGAUCCAGAUCAGCAGCCUGACCACCGAGUCCAUGAAGACCUUUAAAUCCGGAGGUGGAGCAGAGAGGAGGGUCGUCAGCCUCCCCUCCUCUUCCUCCACUCCGCCGUCGUCUCCAGCUCCCAGACCCAAGAGAGAGGAGAACCCAGAGAAACUGGCCUUCAUGGUGUCACUGGGGCUCGUAACACACGACCACCUGGAAGAAAUUCAGAGCAAAAGACAGGAGCGAAAGAGAAGAACGACGGCCAACCCAGUGUACAGCGGAGCCGUGUUCGAACCUGAGAGGAAGAAGAGCGCAGUGAGUUACCUGAACAGUCCUCUGCACCAGGGGACCAGAAAGAGAGGUCGCCCACCCAAAUACAGCAGCGUCCCGGAGCUGGGCAGCCUCACUCCGACCUCCCCCUCCAGCCCCGUCCAUCCCCUCCCCCUGCCCAGCCCCAGCUCUGGGGAUGGAGACAUCCAUGAGGAUUUCUGCACUGUGUGCAGACGCAGUGGCCAGUUGCUCAUGUGCGACACGUGUUCUCGUGUUUAUCACCUGGACUGCCUGGAUCCACCCCUGAAAACCAUUCCUAAAGGCAUGUGGAUCUGUCCAAAAUGCCAAGAUCAGAUCCUGAAAAAAGAAGACGCCAUUCCCUGGCCUGGAACUCUGGCUAUCGUUCAUUCCUACAUCGCUUACAAAGAAGCUAAAGAGGAGGAGAAGCUCAAACUGAUGAAGUGGAGUUCUGAACUGAAAGUGGAGCGGGAGCAGCUGGAGCAGAGAGUCAAGCAGCUCAGCAACUCCAUCACGAAAUGCAUGGAGACCAAAAACUCCAUCCUGUCUCGUCAGAAGGAGAUGCAGCUUUCCCUGGACAAAGUCAAACACCUCAUUCUUCUCAUCCAAGCAUUCAACUUCAACAAAGCUUUGGCAGAGACGGAGGGGAAAGCCGCCGGUGCCAUAGUCCAGGAAAGUUCUGAAGCUGCUCCAGAAGCCACCUGUGUGGAGAACGUUAAGGCUGUGAGCUCCUCGACAAACACCAACACCAACGGAAGUGACCAGCAGGACCAGAACGCAGCCGCCGGCAGCAACCAGACAGCAGCAGUGGGAGGAGUCCCCGACCACCAGCCCAGCCCGGAAGACACCACGGUCCCAGAACCAGACAUCAGCCUCGGUGUAGGGCCUGGUGAAGGACCAGGGGGUAAGAUAGGGCCUGGUGUAGGACCAGGGGGUGAGAUAGGGCCUGGUGUAGGACCAGGGGGUGAGAUAGGGCCUGGUGUAGGACCAGGGGGAGAAGGAGGAGGUAACACCGGGACGGGUCCACAUUCGGUGGUCAUGUCUGAGACGGCUCCGGUGGUUGACGAUCCUGUCACCUCGACGCUUUUAGCGGUUGCCACCACCAACGGUACAGCGGAGUCAGCCUGCCCGGACCACGACCCUGCAGGAGACUGCACCCCCCCUGCAGGAGACUGCACCCCCCCUGCAGGAGACUGCACCCCCCCUGCCAGCUCUGAGAACAAGAUGUCUGCCAUGAACCCUCCAGAAACAGCAGUGGAGGAGAAACGGGAGGAGAUCGCUGACAGUGACGGCAGCAACACCAACAACAGCAAAACCUCAGAACCCUCCCAGCAUUCUUUGCCAGCUCUCGUCAGCAGUUUGGACAAAAUAAAGUAAUUCUAUGUCUCUUGAGUUGCGGGAAUUCAAACAUAUAUAUAAAAAAAAGACUUUUGCUUGCACCCUAUGGUGCCCUGAAGUUGCCAAUCUGUAUAAAUGUUGUUUGUUUGCAUUGUAUUGUCGGACUGUGUCUAUGGUAGAUAAACAGGCCCAGUCACAUGGCUCUGGGGGGGGGGCGCGGCUGUGGGCCACAGAGCUGCGUCACAUAGAUCUACGUACUCGAGUCAUCAUGCCAAUUAGUGAUGGACGCAAGUGGUGGCAAUGCUCAAAGCAGAUUUAAUACAUGGCCCCGGUGCCUGUGAGAGUGGCCCCUGAGCUGUCCUGUGCGGGGGGGAGAUGAGUUCACUUGGGUACAAAGAACCAGGAACACAGAACCUAACAUCUGGUGUUACUGGUCUAAAAAGCAGUGUUGUGAUAGAGUUCAGAAAAGAGAACCUGUUCAUCCCCUCGUCCUAAUGAACUUCUGCAAUCCCACAGACCUGAACCCCUGAACCUCUGAACCUCUGACCCUCUGAACCCCUGACCCUCCAGCCCUGAGGUUCUUUAAGAACCUCCACCUCAACAUGUCCCUUAAACCACCAACAGUCACCUUAUUAUCGGCCAAUAGCAGUAAACUUCUCCUGAAGACUCAAACUUACCUUUCCCCGUCCUCCAGCAAUCAAGGUGACCAGUGAACCUGAUGUGAUUUAAGAGAACGAGGCCAAAACCCAAACUGACUUUCCCUGAGCACCAGUUACCCAGUGUCCCCUCUCGAGCCCCCCCCACCCGAACCCAGUGAGUCGUAAGCACUUUGCUUCUGAAGACCUCGACCUUGCUCAGUCUGAAUGCUUUGUUGGAUUACCGGUUUAAGUUAAUUCUGUAAAUACAGAUUUGAAAAAGUCUCUGGGAAGGCCGGCACAGAAUCCCAGUGUCUUCACUGGAAUCCCAGUGUCUUCACUGGGAUUCUGUGGACGAGCUUAGAGAUUUCACAAAUUCACAAAUCUGGUCAUGAUUGAAACACACUGGUUCCCCUGGACCUUCCUCUGGUGACAAGGCCCAAACUUUCCUUCCCCAAUUUGACAACAACCAGAUUUGACCUGAAUUCUUAACAACCCAAUAACAGUUGCCCCCCCCCCCCCCCCCCCCCGGGAGUUCAGCAGGUACGAGGACGAACAGGCGCAGUAGCCGAACAGAUGUUUUCAGUGGUGUCGGUCAAGUGUAGUGAUUGAGUUUUCAUUCGUGAGUCAAGUGUGUCAACUGUGAGCACUAAAUGUGAAAUUGCAAUAUUGCAAUGUCAACACACAAACUAUAUCUGGGCUGUGUUUCUUUUUUAUAGGAAAAGAUAUUCAGGUCUUCCUAGUCUUCAGAAAUAAGUGCUUUUUGUUCCUGAACCUGCUGGACUGGCAUCAUCAUCACAAAAAGAAAUCCUCUUUUUGAAGCGAUGAUCUUUGCAUUGUACAUUUCUGUUGAAUCCUGAACUGCCAAAAUCAGCAGGGACACGUCCACUUCCUGUUUGAACGAUCAAAUCAUGAGAUAGAAAUGCUUCAGAAAUUGGAAGUCCCCAGAUCGAGACAGGAGAGCUGCUCAGACAAUAACAUUGAGGGACCUUCUCCCUCGGGGGGAUUUGUUGUGAGAACCUGCUCCUCCAGAUGGAAGAUGCCACAGAUCCUGAGAUUAAAGCACAAGCUUGCUGCAUCACAAAGAAGUGCUGAGAGCUUUUUGUAUGUUGAUCAAACAGAGUAUGCAUCUCUUUGUUGUGAUGUGACUUAUCCCCACAUUGCCAAUAUUUUUCUAGGAGGAAAUACAAACCUCUGUCUGACACUAAGGCUCAAGUGUAGUUGAUAUUUCCAGUGUCCGGGCUUCAGUGUAGGACCCCCCCCCCCCCCCCACGCACACACACACACACACAGUUUCUUUCUGGAGCAGGCGGAUUGCUGUUAUCUGUUGGCGUGCCGGCUGUCGGUCGGUUUCUUUGGUGAACUUCUUAUUGCGUCUGGCUUCUCGUUGAGUUCGGGACAUUAACAAACUGGUCUGAUCGUUAAUGGGACCUCUGGUUGUGAUGGAACAUGUUGGGAUUCUGUUUUUUUACCUAAUUUUAAGUCGUCCAAAAACGCAUUAACUCCCGAGUUGUCAUGGUUCAACCGAGAUCAUCACAACGUGUAGAAGCAGAGAGAUGGAGUUCUGUGUCACGCUAGCAGCUUUAUCUCUUUUACUGCCAUGUUGUUGUUUUUGCUGAAGGUCAAAGUUUCCGUUUCGUGUCCAUCUUCUGAAAUAUCUUGAUGUUCCUGUUCCUCAGAGGAUAUCUCCCCUGUUCCUCCUCACAUGUUUGGUUUUCAUGGUCUCUUAUCAGCUGGUGACUGGAUGGUGAUGAAGUGUGGUGCUCCCCUCAGGAUGAACUCUGGUGAUCCUCGUUCCCAUCAGCCUUUGCUCCACACCGUUUACUGCUAAGGAGCUAAUGUUAGCGUGCUAACAAUCUAAACUAAGAUAAUGACCAUGGUAAUCAUUGUACCUGUGUGAUAGCAUUAUCGUAGUUAGCACGUUAGCAUGCUUAUGUUAGUACUCGUUUCCAGAGCUGCUAGCAUGACUGUAGGGUCUUGUUUGAACCUGGCAGAUUUAAAUUCCUACAAACUAACGAUGCUACUCGUAAGAUAAUGAUUUGAUUAUUAAUCAGAGUGAGUGUGUGUGAUUGAAGGAGUGAACUCGUUGUUGGGCGACUACAGCAUCCACCGCUACAGGUGUGUCUCUUCAUAUCACACAUAUCUGAAACCUGCCUUCAUCCACAAGGUCCCAGGAACCAUCUGUCCCGUGUCCACAUGGCUGACACAUGGGGUUUGUCCCUGAGACGUCAGCCAGGGGGACAUGGAAGGAGAAGACUGGACAGAGAUGCAAGUCAAAUAGAAAAUAGAAACCAACACUGUCCCCAGUUCCCUUUGAAUAUCCACGUGUUGUUUAGUUUGUUGUCGGGUGGACGUCCCCAUGUGUCCCCAUGUGUGUCCCUGUGUGUCCCCGUGUUGACGGACGGAGCAGUCGUCAUCUCUUCCCACUCGACAGGUUUAGUUUAAAGAGCCCGUCCCAGACUAACUGGACCUCUCCCUCUGUACAGUAGGUACCUCGAGUGCCUUUCUUCAAACAGCAGAUAAUAUUUGUCUCUUGACUUGCACUGUGACUUGUAGAACCUUACCAGCCCCCCCCGCCCUCCCC